AUGGCCAGCUGGGCUGUGGAGCUGCUGGCCUUCUCCCUGGGCCUGCUGGGCUUCCUGGGGACGGUGAUCGCCACCAUCCUGCCGCACUGGUGGCGCUCGGCGCACGUGGGCGCCAACAUCUUGACGGCCGUCACCUACGUGCGGGGGCUGUGGAUGGAGUGCGCCUGGCACAGCACCGGCGUCUACCARUGCCACGGCUACCGCUCCCAGCUGGCGCUGCCCCCCGACCUGCGCGCUGCCCGGGCCAUGAUGGUCAUCUCCUGCCUGCUGGCCGUGCCCGCGGCCGGCGCGGCCGUCGUGGGGAUGAGGUGCACGCUGUGCGCCCAGRGCAGCCCGGCCAAGGCCACCGCGGCCACCUGCGGCGGGGCCGGGUUCAUCGUGGCCGGGCUGCUCUGCUUGGCRCCCAUCUCCUGGAGCACCAACGACGUCGUGGUGGAGUUCUACAACCCCACGCUGCCCUCGGGGAUGAAGUACGAGAUCGGCCAGGCUCUGUACCUGGGUUUUGCCUCCUCGGCGCUGUCCAUGCUGGGUGGGGCUCUGCUGUGCGCCACGCCGUACCUCGGGGAUGGGCCACAGUUCCAGCCACAUCCCGGGCUCGGACCACUGAGCACCUCCGCACCACCGAGCGCCUACAAGGGAAACGACGCUCCUUCCCUGACCUCCGCAUCCCACAGCGGCUACAGACUGAGCGACUACGUGUGA